ACAUGUCGAUCCGUAGGCAGUGGCACCUGAAGCAGUCUCAGCGAGCAGAGCGUUGGAAUUUACUAUUAUCCUACACCGUCUUUUUUUUACGAUUUUAUCCCACUGAUUCUCAACCUGCGACGUCGCGUACGCGGCGACAGAAUCGCCCAUCUCGCGCAACGUCCCCACGACGUGGUAGCGUCGAAGCACAUCCUCCCGCCGCUCCCCGCGUCGCAGCUCCCCAGCUUCCCGCCAUCGGGGGAAGCCGCUCUCCGCGGAACGCUGGCGGACGGCAGAAGAGCGCGCGCACAAUACGGAGGAAUGGCCAGAAACGGCGGAAGAAUUCCCAUGAUGGCGGAAAUCGGAUCUCUAGUACCAGGGGGCCUUGGCUCGGGUUCGGCGAACCCAGCGAAUCCUUUGUUACCGAGUUACGGAAGCCCUGCCUCGGGUGUUGCUGCAACCCCGCGAAAUGGAUCUCCCCGACACAUUAUGGGUGUAGAUUCUCAAGGCUUGCACGCGGCGGGCUCUCCAAGCUUAUAUGGGGGUUCCCCAACGUAUCCCCAUUCCCCAGUAUAUGCCAGUUCCUCCGCUAACAGUGCUGCAACCGGACCUGUUACUGGCGCUGCUGUUGCAACCACUGCUGCCACUGCUCCUGCUGCUGCUGCUGCUGCUGCUCCUGCUGCUGCUUUAGGGAGUCGGAAGCGCGGGAGGGUUUUCGCAGAGGAUGAGCUCGUGCUGGACAACUUCUUCAGCAGCAAACGGUACAUGAGCGCGCUAAUAGCCACGAGCCUCACCAACUUGAGGGUGGAAGACACGCACAUGCACAUCCCAACCGCCCAGGCAGGAGUAGCCAGAGCAGCAGCAGGAGGAGGAGGAAGAGGAGGAUCAUUGUCAUCGCCACCGCCAGCAGCAGGAGCAUGGGCAGGAGGGGCAGGAGGAGGAGCAGCAGCAGCAACAGCAGCAGGAGCAUUACCCCUAUCACCAGCAGUGCUAGCAUUAGGGGCGCCUAGCAUUCGAGUGGGUGCAGGGUGUGCAGCCCCCCUCACCAGCGCCUUUCCUGCUUCUGCUGUUUCAGGUGGUUUCUCAGGUGGUUCACCAGGUGGUCCCAGCGCCUUUGCAGGGCUGCAGGUUCCACCUGAGGCUCUGUUGCCGUCACCUGGGGUGACUGAGACGACUCAAACUGGCAGUGCCCGAUCCGCCUCUCCCUUUGCCAGCCACAACGAGGGCAUGUCUUCUCCAGCUGAGUCCCUCUCGGAGGACAGUGAGGAGAGCGUGGAGUGGAGGACUGCUGCUGCUGCUGCUGCUGCCGCUGCUGCUGCCGCCGCUUGUGUCACGUCCCCCCUCUUUCCCGCAUCAGCAUCAGCAUCAGCAUCAGGAGCAGGGACUAGUGUCGGGGCAAUAGAAGCACGAGCCUCAGUGACAGGAGCAGGUCCUUCAGCAGCGGAAGCAAGGGGUGCAGCAGCAGCAGCAGCAGCAGCAGUAGCAGCACUAUUACCAGCCGCAGCCGCAGGGCCAAUGGCUGCACGAGUAGCAGCAGCUGGACCCACAGCAACCGGCUCAGGUGCCACCUGGCCAAAUCGCCCUCCCCUAGGCAGCUCCUCCCCCUCCCUUCCUCCCUCGGUCGCCUUCAUCCCUCCCUCGGCUCCAUUCUUUGUGCACGGCAUGGGGGGUGAGAGAAGAACCAUCUCUCCUGGGCCUGGUUCCUCUGAUCGCCGCAAUCGUUCCCCAAGCCCCCGCUCCCCUCCUCGCACUCAGUUCACUUAUGCUGUCAACAGCAGCAACAAUACCACCGGUGGCGGCAGCAUCAGCAGCCUUUUACGGGCAGGUCAGAGUUUUCCCUCGUCGUUGCCCGGGUGGGAACCUCCCGUAGCUGCUGGGAUCUCCAGCAUGGUUAGGAUCCCGGCGAAUUUCCUGGGCAGGAGUCCGGGCAGUAUCAUAACCCGGGCAGCGCAGGGAAGGUUUUUGCAUGACCAGAUGGAUGGGCGGCUUCCGACGUCUCCUAAUGACCCGAGUACGGCAAAGAACCUGAGGAGAGCAGCGCUGCUGCGGUCUCAGAUGAUCCGCACUCAGAGCUCCUCAGGCCUUAGCGACCCUGCUGCCGCUGCUUCUGGUGCUGCUGCUGCUGCUGGUGCUGCUGCUGCUGGUGCUGCUGCUGCUUCUGGUGCUGAUGGUACUGGUGUUGGUGGUGCUGCUGCUGGUGGUGUUGCUGCUGCUGCUGCGGCUGGUGCUGGUGCUGGCGCUGGUAGUUCUAUGGCACUUGCAGGUGUUCCUGCCUAUCAUAGUGCAAGCUGGCAAGUAGGGAUGCCAGAAAGGAAGCUUCCAGAGGCAAUAAGGGAAGGAGGAGUGGAGAGAGAGGAGGGAAGUGGCAGGCGGAGUGACCAGAUGGAGUGUGGGGUGAUGGGAAUGAGGGAUUAUCGGCAUGAGAGGUGGAUGGAGAGUGGUGGUGCUGUGCCUGGUUCCUUCCCCAACCAGCAGCAACAGGGUCAGCAGUGGUUGCAGUGGCAGCACUGGCAGGGGCAGCAGCAGCAGCCAAGACAGCAGCACCAGCAGCAGCAGCAGGGGCAGCAGGGGCAGCAGGGGCUGGGUACAGGUAUUGCAGGAAACGAUUGCCGAAGAAGCAUGGAGGAGUUUGUGAUGAGCCGAAUUUCGCCGCCCAGUUCACCCACUUCGUCUGAGAGCGAGGAGCACGGGGGGUCGUCGUGGGGUGUGGAGUGUAGUGGGACUGGGGGGGACGGGGAGCCAGUACUUGCGAGAUCUUGUUCCUCAACUAGGUCAAGUAAUCCAUUUGGAGGUCCAAAAGAUGAAAUGUUAUAGGGGAAACAUCCGCCUUGUGCUCUAGAAAUGCUUUAUGAGGAUUAUCG